UGAAAUCAAUCGAUAAUGUAUCACAUAUUGUAUUUGAAAGGGAUAUUAAUUAAGUAGAGAAAUGGGUGAGAGAAACACAAGUAGCAGCAGAAGCAAGAAGUGGUCUUUGAAAGGGAUGACAGCUCUAGUCACCGGUGGAUCCAAAGGAAUCGGAUAUGAUAUUGUGGAGGAGUUGGCGGAGCUAGGAGCAACCGUUCACACUUGUGCUAGAAACGAAGUUGAACUGAAUGAAUGCUUACAUCAAUGGGCCACAAAAGGAUACACAGUUACUGGUUCAGUAUGUGAUGUGUCAUUUCGUGCACAGAGAGAGGACCUCAUAGCUAGAGUCUCUUCUCAGUUCAAUGGCAAACUCAGUAUCCUUGUGAACAACGUGGGAACAAACAUAUACAAACAGACACUGGAUAUUACAGAACAAGAUUUUUCAUUUCUGUUGAAUACCAAUCUUGAAUCCGCUUUUCACAUAAGUCAGCUUGCACAUCCACUCCUUAAAGCAUCACAGUCUGCAAGUAUUGUUUUCAUUUCUUCAGUUGGUGGUGUAGCAUCACUAAAUGUAGGAACCAUCUAUAGUGCCGCAAAAGCUGCAAUAAACCAACUCACAAAAAAUUUGGCAUGUGAAUGGGCUAAAGACAACAUAAGGACUAAUUGUGUUGCACCGGGACCAACCAGAACCCCUCUCGGGGAAGAACACUUAAAAGAUGAAAAACUUCUUAAUGCUUUCACUUCAAGAACUCCUCUUGGACGUAUCGGAGAACCAGAUGAGGUGUCUUCUUUGGUGGCAUUCCUAUGCUUACCUGCAGCCUCUUUCAUAACAGGGCAGACCAUUUGUAUUGAUGGUGGAUUAACUGUUAAUUGUCUCCUUAUAUGAUAAGCUUGGCUUAUACAAGAUAGAGAGCUCUGCUAGCCCUGAGGUGGCAGAGGUUUUUACUCUAAAGUGGGGUAUCCAAUUAGCCGCGAAUCUGAAUUUGGGUUGUGUUGUCGUUCACUCGGAUGCAUUAAAUGUGGUAGAUUGUGUCAAUGUCAGUAGAGAGAGUGCAGUGAUUGAUCUAGGGAUUAAUGAUUGUCUUUUGUUUCUUAAGAAGUUUGUUGUUUUUGUAGUUGUGUUUGUUAGCAGAAGCUUAAAUGCAGAUGCUCACUCUUUAAUUAGGAUUGGAAAUGUAGUAGGUUCAAAAAUUUGGAAGGGAUUCAUUCCAUCCGCUGAUGUAAUAUUUUCUGCUGCCAUUUUCUAAUUGAAUGCAUUUGCCAUAAAAAAAAAAAACAUAAAUUUUUAUGUUA